AUUCGAUCGCGCGUGAUUGACAGCGGGGGGGAGGGGGGCGGGAAUUCAAACUCUCUAUGACGCCAAACAUGGACACCUAUAAAAACAACCCAUUUCUAGAACUUCAACAGUUUCGCCAGGUUAUAGACGGGUGAAGAACAGCGAUACGAAGCUCUCAGUAUGUGGAAGAUCGCAUUUCUACUCCUGUUGGCAAUCUGCCUACAAGUCACCCUCGCGGGUCGUCACGAAGCUGAUGAUCACCAUGGCAACAGACGUGGGGGGAAAGGGAGUGGCAAGUGGGGCGAGAAAGAGGGGGAGGAAGGUGAGGAGGGUGACUAUGGACGUCAGUGGGACUCUAAGAAGAUGGACGAAAAAAAGAUGAUGAUGAUGAGGUUCAUGAAGAUGAUGAAGCCCAUGCGAAGGUUCUUCACAAAGGUACUUGCUCUCGGUCCAGUGCACCAUCUUCCCGAACAGCCGGAGUUCUGUGAAGAUAACGAAUGCCCCAAGUUCGAGGUUCGCAGCAAGACAGAGCAUUAUGAGCUGAGGUGCUACCAGCCCUCUAAGUGGAUCAGUGUCACAAUGGAAGGAAAAAGCAGCGAAGCGUUGAAACAAAGCAUGUUCUGGCCCAUGUUCCGGUACAUCUCUGGUAACAACGAUCAAAAACAGAAGAUUAAAAUGACAGUUCCCGUCACAACAGUCAUCAAACCGACCCUCGAAAACACCACCUCGUACACUAUGUCCUUCUACAUUCCCAAGUCUCACCAGGCCAACCCCCCUACCCCACGGGAUAACAAAAUCAAGGUCAUCGACCAUCCCAAAUCGUGCUACUGGGUUCACUCAUUCGGGGGAUGGGCCAACGAGCGAAAGAACCGCAUGGAAGUUAAAAUGCUCGAGAAGCUUCUCAAGAAAGAUGGACACAACGGGCAUUUCGUACCGCAUAAGAAAUUGUAUAUAACCGCUGGCUAUGACGAUCCUAUGAAGAUGUUCGAGAGGCAUAAUGAGGUUAUGCUUAAGUGGGUUAAGCAUUAGAUACUCAUUUGUACGCUAGGUUCUCGUACUUGAACUCGUAAUAAAGGUGAAACAAAGCA